AUGAGACUCGUGCCCCUCGAGCCCAUGCGAAUGCCCAACGGUGGCAACCCCUUCUGCUCUGCAGCGGAGAUCCGCCAGGUGGGUGCGGACUCGGACGGACCGAGCCUUGCGGAGUGCACUGUUGUCUUCGACACGAAGGCUCGCAACAGCAUUUGCAACGCCGCGGUUGCGCGAGCGCUGGGUCAGGAGCUGCGCGAGGUCACGGAGGCGCAGGUGUUCCCAGUGCAGUUGUCUUUGGGCCAGGGCCCAGACGGCCCCGUGGUCGCGGAGGUCAUGGCCUACGGCGGCGGUUCCGAGGCCUUCGAGGGUCUCGGCCUGGGCGGAGACCGUCCCGCUGUCGUCUUGGGCCCCGACGUCCUCUGCCGCAGGCGGCUCAUCCUCUGCCCGAGGAGAGGCAGCUCGCUUGGAUGCCAGCAGUGA